AUUAUUAUUAUUAUUUUUAAAAACGAUUACAAUAUUAUUGUUAUUAUGACGUAACAUAUUAUUAUUAAAGUUUGUCGAAAGGUCCGUGGUUGCACUGGUCGCGCACUCGCACGACAUAAUAUCACCGUGGUCAUUACUCAUUAGUCAUUAGUCAUUCAGCUAUUUAGUCGCCACUCGCCGAACUGCCGAUUGCCGAUGAGUCGAACGCCGCCGGGAGCGCACGACCGUUGGAACCGUUUGGCGCGUUUACUACUUUUUUUCUUUUUGUACCGCGUUGGCGUGCUGGUCGGUAUUGGUAUUUGGUACAGCACACUAAACUCGGCUGUGCUGGUGUAGUCGUAUACCGCAGUGGUACGUUUUUUUUUUUUUUGUCCUCCGUUCGUUCACGCGUGCUUGUUCCUGGUUACUCCGCUUGCCAUUUGCCGUCCUGCAGUCGCCACGUUUACUCGAGAACGACACCAAACGUUACGAUCUCGAUCCACGUUGAACCGACCGACCCGUGACGAGAAUCCACCGACGCAAUGGCGGAUGCGAAUCAAAAAACAUUAUCUAAUGGAGUUCAACACUGGAAAUCCAUCAAUUUUUAUUGGAGUUUGGUAAUGUACAUUACUCGUAAUGUACUAAGAAUUUUUUUCUCUAUUGCGGCAUGUGUGAUGUUCCAGUUUAGUUCAUGGUUUAAAAUUUUAUCUGAUUAUCUUAAAACAACUGAAAAGGCAGAUGAUUCACCUAAGAAAACUGUUGAAAAUAGGUGUGAUGCUAAUUCUUUUUCUAAUCACACCAAUAAAAAUGAAGAACAAAAAGGAUCAAAUAAAGUUAUUGAUAUUGUGAAUGGAUUAUUAGACACUGGGACUAAAGAGUGUAAUGAUCAAUCUGUUUUUAACAAUAAUAUAGUUGCUGAACAAAAAAUAGUAAAUGGAGUUAUUGCUAAUAUUGUAAAUUGUAAAUUAGAGGAAGGGUCUGAUUCUCAACAUUAUGAAGUUGAACAAAAACCUAUGUCUCAAAAUCCUGGAGAAUCAAAGGAUAAUUCUAAUUCUGAAGACAGUGUGGAAAAAGUUAAAGAAGAAGAAAAAAAUUGCGAGGACAUAGGAUCAACAAGAGCUAGGAAAAGACAUCCUAUCAAAAAUACUGCAAUGUUACUAAUAACUAAAACAAUCAAUGAAAACAAAUUAAUGGACAAACGAUUCAAGUGUGAAACCAAACUUAACAUAGACAAAAUGUCAAAUAAAGAAAUACCUAAUGGAAAUCCUUACAGGGAUAAAGAUAAAAUGUUAACAAACAAAUCUGAUAGUUUUAUAAGCGAAACAAAAUUGUCAUUAAAUAGUGAUCCUGAGAAAACUGAUUGUUUUGAAGUGUCUAACAAUAGCCAUAGUAAAGACACUUAUAUUGAAAGUGGAUCAGAGUACAUGAAUGAUGGCAAUAUCCUUGAUAUCCAAAAAAAUAUAGAGCUAAUGGAAAAUCAAUGCAAAACCAAUGGAAAUGAACAAUUGAUCACGAUAAAUAAUGUUGACUGCUGUGAAAAUGAUAAUAGUAAUGAAAUCAGAAAUCUGACAACAAAAACUGAAAAUAUGAUCAAAGAAAUUAAUGAUGAACACUUGAAAAACUACAAUGGUUAUGAAAAUAAAAACCCAAUUACACAGGCUGAAAAUAUGACCACAAAAUAUAAUGAUUUCUACUGGAAAGAUUUUGAUGAUUUUGAUAAUCGUAAACUGAAUACAAAGACUGAGCAUAUGGCUAAUAACAGUGAACACUGGGAUAAUAACAAUAUACAUGAAUACAGUAAACCUAUUCCAAAGACUGAAAAUACGAUGUUGAAUAUAUUUGAAGUGAAUGAUGACAUAUUUGGUUUGCCUUCUAAAUUUUCUUUAGCUCAUUGUGUUUGUGAAGAUUUUCAUAAUUCUAUGGGCAUGACAGCUGAUUUUAAAUACAAAUUUGGAAAAUAUGGUGCAUUAAUGGAUCAACAUUUACGUGUGAGCGAUGUUGGUCAUAUUUUACAUGAUGAACAACAUAUAUUUUAUUUAGUCGUAAAAAGAAAAGUGGCUCAGAAACCAUUAUUAUCUUCCUUAGAAAUAGCAUUGUAUAAUUUACGUGAUAAAAUGAAUGACCUUAAAUUAACAAAAUUGGCAAUCCCAAAAUAUGGACUAGACACAUUCAAUAUGGCAGAUGUAAAGGAACUGAUUUCAAAAGUAUUUAUAUUAUCCAAUAUUGAAGUUACUUUAUGCCUGGCACCGCCUAAAUUGGAUGUAGAACAUUUUAAUCCUCCAAAAGUAAAUUAUACUUAUAAACAUUUGUGGGAGAUGGAGAAACAAACUGAUUUAAUAAUAUUUAUAAAUAUAAACACAGUGUAUUCAGCGAAUUGGAAUGAUAAAGUUGUAGAACAUAUCAAUGCUAAAUACCCAUUCAAAGAAAGAUUAUUAAAAGAUAUUAAUAUUAAACCAAUGGCGCAUGGUGAUUUACUGACUUACAAAAUUGAUAGUGAAGUAUUGUUUUGUAUAUUCAUCAAGCCUUUAGAUCAAAACUCAGCAUACUUUAGAUGUCUUGAAAAAGCUUUUCAAGAGAUGAAGUCACAAAUGACUGGUUAUAGAUAUUUAGGAAUUCAACAAGAGCCAAUAAGUUAUAGGUCUUACCAACACACUUUGCCACGUACUUUAUGUACACUAAAAUCAGUUUUUAGUGUUCAAAAUGCUGAAAUUUGGAUUUGUGGUGAUACUGAACAACAUAAAGCACUUAAUUAUCAACAAUAUAAAAACAUUGUUAAUGAUGCCAUUGAAGUGAAUCAAAAACGAAAUUCAAAAACAAAUGCCAGAUCAAAACAUAGAUCAGAAAGAAAGAAACGUGAAAGUACAAAUAGUAAUAACAGUAAACAUGAGUUAUCAGAAAAAUAUAACAGUAAAAACACAUUGGAUGUAAACGCUGUUCCGUAUCUGAACCAAGAUCAAAUAACUGUUGAUAAUUACAUAACAGAAAAUUGGGAUAACUGAUCAUUUUUAUAUAUAUAUUGUUUUAUUAUCACCAUUUUAUUAACAAUUAAUAUUUUGUAUUAAUUUAUUUUUACUGAUAUUACUCCUUUUACGAGUAUUGAAUUAAUUGAAAGUAUGUCAUUUUGUUUCACAGUAAAUUAAUUAAGAGAAAAAAUCUUUUAAAACAAUUGAACAAUUUAUCGUUUUUAGUGAUUUCUCUGAAGUUAAGUAUAAAUCAUUAAUUCGUUACUUUUUUAAAUAAAUAUGUAUUUUUUUUUUU